AUGAUCUCGCCAUACGACCCUAGCCAUCCUGCUCGCCCCGUGCUUGCGAGGAAACGUACGUCGGACAAGAAUCUGCCCGAACACUCACCAGCAGAAGCGCAUUCCCCCUCCGGCAGCCAAGAUGGCAAGUCCCGCACAAGAGCACGCAUCAACAUGGCGUGUAUCCACUGCCGCCACAGGAAAAUCAAGUGUGACGGAGCGCAGCCAUCGUGCGCAACCUGCGUUCGACUGCGCCGAGAGUGCGAGUACGAGCCGGUGACCGAGUUCGAGAACCUCAUGUCGCGAGAGCGCAAGCGCCGCAACAAGGAAAAGAAGGCGGCGCGAAUGGCCUCGCUCGGCAUCUUUGCUGGCCAGUCGCCUCUGUCGAUGCUCCACGCUGGCGCAUCGCUCGGCCUUCCCCCUGCGCCCAUGGCACACUAUGGUGAUCCAUCGCAGGCCAAUUUGGCACCGCUCUUCCUCUCGAUGCCCGACCCUCACAUGGAGGGCCAGAUGAUCGCUUCCCAGUUCGGGCCACGCCGACGUCGCGGCAUCUCAGACACCCAGGCCACAACCAUGCAACACCGAAUGGGCCCCCUCGCCUCCCCGGUACAAGACUCCUCAUCGUUCCAACACGCCUCCGUCUCCCAGCCGCCGACGCCAGCGCAGGCCUACCGCUACUACCAAGCGCUGGCGCUUCCCCAGGCACAGCAUGCCAUGAUGCAGGGCAUUCCCGCCGAAUUCAUCUCGGGUCCCCUCUCGGCCCCCAUCAUGCCUCCGGCUGCCGCUGGUCACUUCUUCGUUCAGCAACCCAUGACGCCUGGUCAUGCCGGCCCUCAACACGGAACGGUUGCAUCGCCUCACGUUGUCGAUCUCAUGGGCCUCAACUCGGACGGCUCGGUACCCCACGUCCCGUCGGGACGCGCGAGCGCUACCGAAGCCGACUUCGAUCUCGGCCUCGUCGAUCUGACCGGCAUGCCGACCAUGGUUCCCACCUCGGCACAUGUCCGACCUGUGGAUCUGCCGGCUCCCCACGGCCACUUUGACUUUGCCAGCGUCCCAUUCCCCACGCAGGACACAUUCGCAUCGGAGCUGCCAUUCGCGGCCCUGCGAAGGCGAUCGUCGAUCCACCUGCCCGUCGGCACCGCCGAUGCUUUUAGGAGGCCGUCGAUUGCCGAGGUGGCCACGGCGGCGCUCAUGCAGAAGGUAGCAGGCAAGCGUGCCGAAAAGGUCAAGACGGACAUCAAGCAGCUUGCCAGCGAACUCAUGUCUCCCGAUGCUACGGGCAUCGUGGCGUGGAAUGCACACGUGCAGUCGCAGAUGCCCGCAUCCAUGGCAACCUGGAGCGGAUUCCACACCGGCGAGAUCGGGCAGUCGGAGGGUUCCGACUACGUGCCCUUGGCCGGUCCAGCCAGCCGUUCCAACUCGGACGGCCUGCUUUCGCUCGGACCGCUCUCGCCUCCCACCCGCCUGGUCGGCUCGGGUCUGGUCAAGGCCGAGGCUUUGGGCGAGGAGCUCAGCGCCGCUUCCAGCUGCAGCGUCAGCUCAAGCACCGGCGACUCGUCCGUCCCCGCAGAGGUGCCCUUGCUCGAACACUCCUACUUUGCGGCUCCUCAAGGCAAGCUCUCGCGCGAGAUCUCGCCUCUGGCCCUGUCUCCCUCUGGAAGCAGUCAGCCUAGCUCGCUGCUGAGCCAGGACGCAUGGAGCGUCCCGCUGCUGUCGCCUGUUUCGGAGCUCAACUCGACGUUCAACAACUUUAGCGUCUUUGCCGCCAACGCUUCCGGUCAGCACAUGCCAUCGUCCAACAACAAGCAGGAGGUGCAUGACAACAGCUCGCUCUCGAUGGCGUUCAUGCCCAACGCUAACGCUUCCAUGCACAACCCCACUUUUUAG